GCACUCGAGUGUGUGUGUGUUUGGCGCAGUCAUACAGAUGCAGUGUAUGUGUGUGUGUGUGUGUGUGACCCAACAGCAGCAUGUGAGCGCGGGCGCGCGCACCAGUGUGAGUGUGUGUGUGCUGCGAGCAGGUGUUUUCGCGAGGCGUCAGAGAGAGGGACACACACACACACACACCCUCCAAAAAGAGCAGCAGCACGGAGGCGGCUGGACUAUUCGCCCUUUUCUUUGUUUUUUCGUUCUUCUUCUUCCUCAUCGUGAUCGUGGGAGGUGCUUUGUCCUCUCAUCUGCUCGCGCUGUCCAUCAUCUGCCUUCUCUCCUGUUUCUCCAUCUCUCUCAUCUAUAGUUUCUCUGAUUUGUGAGCAGCCGGAGGUUUUGGAAGGACUGUGUGUUCUUUACCUCUUGUUCUCCCUUUCUCCUCCUCUUCCUCCUUUGAUUGUUUGACUUGUAGGUAGGUUGAUUUGUGUUCACUGUAGUGUGUGUGAGUGUGUGAGUGUUCUGUUUUCAAACCACACACAUGAACACACACAUGCAGUAUGUGACGUAGAGAGACAGACAGACGUGUGUCCUACUUCAGUCAGGUGUGUGUGUGUGUGUGUGUGUGUGUGUGUGAUCACACAUUUUAUAAUACACUCAUCUUUCUCCCUCUCUCUCUUCAUUCUACUGGUCUCUUACCUGUGUGUGUUUGCACGCAUCAGUCUAACACACACCCUUCAUAAUCCUACACAAACCAUUAUCUCUGGUCUUUCUGGUCAUUUUUCCCUGUGUUUCAUUCAUUGAUCUGCCGCUCUUUCUGAUAUUACGCUGUUAUUCACGCAUCAGCGCUCGUGUGUGUGUGUGUGAGAGAGAGAGAGAGUAAUUAACCUAUUCAUUAAUAGAGAGUAUCAUCGGACCACGCAAAGUCUGUGUGUGUGUGUGUGUGUGUGUGUGUGCGCGCGCGCGCGCGCGCGACGCGCUUCGCCUCCAUCACCCUCAGCGUGUCUCUCCGCGGUCGUAUAGAUCUGUGUCUGACAGGAAUGGCGCUGGGUGAGCGUUUGGAUGCAGCUCUUCUCUUCUGUUUCUCCUGAGGAGACUCGCUUCAUUCAUGAGUCUGGACUGCGCUGCGUCUCCAGAUGAGCAAACACACGCGCCUCUUUCUGCUCUUUUACAAUUGGACUAAAUGCGGAGUGAAGCCGUUUCAGCAGAGGUGAAUGUGAACGGGACGCCGGAUCCGCCGGAGGACGUGCGCGCGACCGAGACUUCGGCUGAUCGGGGAAGCAAUGUGAGAGUGAACGGCUGAACGGAGCAGUGCUGUAGUGGAGGAGACGCAGCCCUGUCCCCUGCCAUGCGCCUCAUUCACACCUGUUUAUACCUGCCAGACGCACGGCGAGCGACACUCCAGACACCUGAGAGACACCAACACAAACACCUCCGUGCAGCCGUCGCAUCCUCACCCAGAACACUCUGAAAACCAGGACGCUGAAGAUCAGCAGCUUCAGAGGACAAACACACACAAACACACUUACAAGAACAGAGAGAAAUACUGCAGACCGAAUGCUAUCAGUGUCCACAGUAGGGUAUGAGAACGCUACAGCAUCAUGUGGUUUCUGAGAUGGAGGAGUGAGAGUUCGGCUGAAAACACACGAGGUUUUUCGCUCCUCCAUCAUGUCCAUCUGCAUUUCCCGUGGCUUAGCUCCACCCUCUCAGGCAAGGUGGGCGUGGCUUCAUGCACUGGCUCCGCCCCCGCGUCACUGGCCCUGCCCGUCGCUGCAGCAGCUGUUGGCCGUGUGUCUGCUGCUGCUGCUGCCGCCGCUGGCUGUCCAAUCACGGCGCGAGCGGGGCGGAGGGGGCGUGGCCCACUACAUCCCAUCAUCAGUGGCGCAUUAUCCGCCCGUCUCCAAGCUGCUGCAAGGCCUGAGCAUCGCGGUGGUGCUGGUGGGGAACUCCAGUGAGGUGGCGCUCGCCGGCACGCGCGAUAAAGACGACUUUGGCCACAUGCCGCUGGCGCCCAGUGUUGAGAUGCUCACCAUGAACGAGACGGACCCCAAGAGCAUCAUCAAGAGCAUCUGCGACCUGAUGACGGAGCACUGGCUGCAGGGCGUGGUGUUCGGAGACGACACCGACCAGGAGGCCAUCGCACAGAUCCUGGACUUCAUCUCCGCGCAGACACACAUCCCCAUCCUGGGCGUGAAGGGAGGCUCCUCCAUGAUCAUGGCCGCAAAGGACGAUGACUCCAUGUUCUUUCAGUUCGGACCCUCCAUCGAGCAGCAGGCGUCCGUCAUGCUCAACAUCAUGGAGGAGUACGACUGGUACAUCUUCUCCAUCGUCACCACAUACUACCCCGGCUACCAGGACUUUGUUACUAAGAUCCGCAGCACCAUCGAGAACAGUUUUGUGGGCUGGGAGCUGGAGGAGGUGCUGCUGCUGGACAUGUCUGUGGACGAUGGAGACGCCAAGAUCCAGAACCAGCUGAAGAAGCUGCAGAGCCCCGUCAUCCUGCUCUACUCCACCAAAGAGGAGGCCAACAUCAUCUUCGAGGUGGCACACUCGGUGGGCCUGACGGGCUACGGCUACACCUGGAUCGCCCCGUCUCUGGUGGCGGGAGACGCCGACCACAUCCCGGCCGAGUUUCCCACGGGCAUGAUCUCGGUGUCGUAUGAUGAGUGGGAUUAUGGGUUGGAGGCGCGUGUGCGUGACGGUGUAGCUGUGAUCGCGUCAGCGACGUCCACCAUGAUGAAGGACCGCGGGCCGGACACGCUACUGAAGUCUGAGUGCCACGGGGCCCCUGACAAGAAGAGCCCCAUCACAAGAAACAACAAUGAAGUGCUCAGGUAUCUGAUGAACGUGACGUUCGAGGGCCGGAAUCUCUCCUUCAGUGAGGAUGGCUAUCAGAUGCACCCCAAACUGGUGAUCAUCCUGCUGAACAAGGACAGACAGUGGGACAGAGUGGGUAAGUGGGAGAACGGCUCUCUGUCGAUGAAGUUUCACGUGUGGCCACGUUUCGAGCUCUAUUCUGGGACGGAGGGCCGUGAAGACGAUCAUCUGUCCAUCGUCACGCUGGAGGAGGCUCCGUUUGUGAUGGUGGAGGACGUGGAUCCGCUCAGCGGCACCUGCAUGAGGAACACGGUUCCCUGCCGAAAGCAGCUCAAAUCACUGAAUCAGACGGGGGAUUCUGGUAUCUACAUUAAGCGCUGCUGUAAAGGCUUCUGUAUCGACAUCCUGAAGAAGAUCGCCAAGUCUGUGAAGUUCACCUACGACCUUUAUCUGGUCACCAACGGCAAACACGGCAAGAAGAUCAACGGCACGUGGAACGGGAUGGUGGGAGAGGUGGUGCUGAAGAACGCUCACAUGGCCGUCGGCUCAUUGACCAUCAAUGAGGAGAGGUCAGAGGUCAUCGAUUUCUCCGUGCCCUUCAUUGAGACAGGCAUCAGUGUCAUGGUCUCACGGAGCAAUGGCACCGUGUCUCCAUCUGCGUUCCUCGAGCCAUUCAGUGCUGAUGUCUGGAUCAUGAUGUUCGUCAUGCUCCUGCUGGUUUGUGCCAUCGCAGUGUUUGUGUUUGAAUACUUCAGUCCCGUGGGCUACAAUCUCCGUCUCAUCGACGGCAGAGAGGCCGGAGGUCCAUCGUUCACCAUUGGAAAGGCCAUCUGGCUUCUCUGGGGUUUGGUCUUCAAUAACUCCGUCCCUGUGCAAAACCCCAGAGGAACCACCAGCAAGAUUAUGGUGUCUGUCUGGGCCUUCUUUGCUGUGAUUUUCUUGGCCAGCUAUACAGCUAACCUGGCUGCAUUUAUGAUUCAGGAAGAGUACGUGGACCAGGUGUCGGGCCUCAGCGACAAAAAGUUUCAGAGACCUAAUGACUUCUCCCCGCCGUUUCGCUUUGGGACGGUGCCAAAUGGCAGCACCGAGAGAAAUAUCCGCAAUAACUACAGAGAGAUGCACUCCUACAUGGUCAAAUUCCACCAGCGAAAUGUGGAUGAAGCUCUGUUCAGUCUGAAAACAGGGAAGCUGGAUGCCUUCAUUUACGAUGCUGCCGUGCUGAAUUACAUGGCGGGCAGAGAUGAGGGCUGUAAGCUGGUCACCAUUGGCUCUGGGAAAGUGUUCGCUUCCACUGGCUAUGGUAUCGCCAUCCAGAAAGACUCCGGUUGGAAGAGACAGGUGGACCUUGCCAUUCUGCAGCUCUUUGGAGACGGUGAUAUGGAGGAGUUUGAGGCUCUCUGGCUCACCGGGAUCUGCCACCAUGAGAAAAAUGAAGUGAUGAGCAGUCAGCUGGACGUGGACAAUAUGGCGGGUGUGUUCUACAUGCUGGGUGCUGCCAUGGCUCUGUCUCUCAUCACCUUCAUCGCUGAGCACGUCUUCUACUGGCACCUGCGCUUCUGCUUCAUUGGCGUUUGUUCUGGGAAACCAGGGUUCACCUUCACCAUCAGCAGGGAAAUUUAUAGCUGUAUUCAUGGAGUUGAAAUCGAAGAUAAGAGUUCAGCACUGAAUUCACCCUCUGCUACCAUGAACAACACCCACUCAAAUAUUCUCCGUCUGCUGCGCACCGCCAAGAACAUGGCAUCUCUUUCCGGUGUCAACGGUUCCCCACACAGUGCACUUGACUUCAUCCGCCGAGAAUCCUCUGUGUAUGACAUCAGCGAGCACUGCCGCAGUCUGGCCGGACACUCAGACUGCAAGGCCCCAUACCUGCCCGAGGACAACAUGUUCAGCGACUACAUCAGUGAGGUGGAGCGCACCUUUGGCAACCUGCACCUGAAGGACAGUAACCUGUACCAGGACCACUACCUGCACCACCAUGGAGGCUCAACCCUGAGGCUGCUGGGCCCAUCCCCUAACCGGCCCCACAGCCUGGGCUCCAGCAGUUCUCUGGAGGGCGGCAUGUUUGACUGCGAUAGCCUGGGCGGUGGUAUGGCCCCCAUCUUUAGCACACAGACGCGUUCUGCCCUGACCCACAAGAACAUGAGCAAAUUCGACCUGCUGCAGAGCCAGGCUCCUCCGUCUGGGCCAGGCUUGAAGCAGGGACUGGCCGACCUGUAUGGAAAAUUCUCCUUCAAAGGCGGAGCUUCCAGUUCCGGAUAUAUUGCAGGGCAUGACCGGUUUUGUGGUGGUGCAGACGAUGGAAACAUCCAUUCUGACGUGUCUGACAUUUCCACUCAUACUGUGACCUAUGGCAAUCUGGAGGGCAAUGCUAAGAAACGCAAGCAGUAUAGAGACAGCCUGAAGAAGCGGCCUGCCUCUGCAAAGUCCCGCCGAGAACUCGACGAGAUCGAGCUGGGUUACCGCCGCCGCCACCACCACGGCCACCACCAUCAUCACCACGGGCACCGCUCGGCUUCACCUCCAUCUGAGCGCAAGCGAGGAGGUGGCGUGAGCUCAACCUCAUAUCUGUUACAAGACAAGGAAAGCCUGAGGGAUUUCUACCUGGACCAGUUCCGGCCCAAAGAAGGAAUCCCGCAGUGGGAGCAUGUGGAUCUUACAGAUGGUCCCAUUGGGGGAGGAGGAGGCAACUGCACCAGCCUGGUGUCUGUGGAUGACUUCCUGAAGGGAAAACCCAAGAAGCCGGACAACAAAAGUGGGAGCAGUGAGUGGGAAUGUCGUAGUUGUCGUGCCAGCAGUGCGGGCAGCAAGCAGACAGCCCUGCAUGGAGGAGGACUUCUGCACAUGGGUGGGACGGGCUACGUAGGCAGUGGCUGUGUGGCAUCAGGGGGUGGAGGAGGGGUUGGGAGCAGCCGCCCCAGUUCAGCCACUUGUAUGCGGUGCGAAGCCUGCAAGAAGUCAGGCAACCUGUAUGACAUCAGCGAGGACAGUAACCACCUGUUGGAGCAACUAGGCGGCAGUAGGGGUCAGACACCAGCGCAACGCCGCAGGGCCUUCAGUGGGAAACCGCUACGCCGGCAACAUUCCUAUGACACCUUUGUGGACCUGCAGAGAGAAGAGUUAGGCAUGCCGCUGGGGUUCGGCGGCCCCGGGGCACUGCCGCCACCACGCAGCGUGAGCCUCAAGGAGAGGGAGCGCUGUAUAGAUGCCUCUAGACCCUUCGCACACAUAUUUGAGCAUCCACGAGGUCCCGAUCAGGAGAUGGACCGCAACCCGCUGUUCUAUGGAGACGCAGAGAGGGGCAUGGGAUCGCCUUUUGGGUUGUUCAGAGUGGGGGAGAAUGCACCUCAUGGAGGACUCAUGGAGGGGCCAGCUCACUCCUUAUCCAAAUCUCUCUAUCCUGACCGAACUGACCACAACCCCUUCAUCCCUACAUUUGGAGAUGACCAGUGUCUGCUGCAUGGUGCCAAGUCCUACUAUAUCACCAAGCAACAGCAGCACAGCGAAUUGCUGAGCCCCAUGGGCGUGACCUCCUUCCUGCCGGCAUCGGCCACCUCAGGGGUCAUGUCUAACUUGGCUCCACACUUUCCUGCGGAGUUAUGCAUGGGGAACCACCACACCAGCAAGCUCAGUCUCGGUCCACCUCAACCUUUCAAUGGAAGCAAUGGACACGUGUACGAGAAACUCUCUAGCAUAGAGUCUGACGUGUGAGAAAGAGCAAGAAGCACGGUAAAGAAUGGAGAAACAUUCUGUUAGCACUCCACAGCCAGAUUUUAGCAGAACACGCAGAACUUGAGAGAAUUGAAAAUGUCAUUUCCUGUGAAGUUCACAUUUACACCAGUGGGCUCAUCUCCACGAGCUGGUGAGAACAAAAGCAUGUCCAUCUGCCGAGUGUGUGCACGAAAAAGAACAGGAGAGCAGAUGGCCUGUUUCACCUACGUCCCUCGCAAUCACACUGGAACAGCCCUGUCCUGUACUCUUGUCUUUUGUAAAGAUACAAUCAUGAAAGCAUAAUAAAUGCUCAUUGAUUUUUUUUUUGUUUGUUU